GAUAAAUCCUUUAAGAUUCUAUUAGUUAAGAAAUACAAUUUUAUAUUUUAUAAAUUAAAAUUAAUAAAUAAUUUUAUAAUAAAAAUCAGUAAUAUUAAUCGUAAUUGGAUGGCCCGAGUCUAACUUAACAUCCCGGUAGAUUAUUUUUGUGAUCUGUCGUGAGAUUCAGUCACGUGUAUUGUAACUUUUGUCAUAAAUUAUUAUCACGUUAUAUGUGAUUAUAUAUACUUAUGUAUGGAAAAGAGAAAGUACUUUACUAAAAGAAUUUUCUAAAAGUACUAAUAAAUGGAAACAGUCGCUUCUGGAAUUAUUACUUAGUCUUACUGUUAUGCAGUAAUUUUAAAAUACAUAAUAAAAAUGAUUUUUUUACUAUUACAUUUAUUUAAUUGGUUGAAAUAUCAAAUGGUUUACUAUAUUCUCGGAGCUUUUGCUAUAAUUGAUGAUUUACAAAACCGCGAAAACAACAAAUUUGAAAUAGAAAAAAAACGGGGUAAAGUAGCUGUUAUCACAGGAGGGGCUCGAGGUAUUGGACUAGAAGUCGUUAAAAAAUUGUUAUCGUGUGAAAUGCAUGUAAUUAUUGGUUGUCGUAAUGUAAAAGUAGGCGAAAGUGUUCUACAACAACUCGCCUUAUCUAACAUGUCAUUUGAAGUAUAUUCUCUUGAUCUCAAAUCAUUUUCAUCUGUCAAAAAUUUUGCUCAACGUGUGUUAUCUAAAUAUAGUUGUAUUGAUGUAUUAGUUAAUAAUGCUGGAGUUAUGUUUGUUCCUUAUGAAAUAUGUGAAAAUGGUUUUGAAGCACAUUGGACUGUCAAUUAUUUAAGUCAUUUCUUGUUGAUUAAGUUAUUGCAGCCAGUUUUAAAGCAAAAAGUUAAAAAUGGCAAUAAUGCAAGAAUUGUAAAUGUUACUUCUUGUGCUUAUAAAGUGUCACCUCCAAUUGACUUUAAUAAACUAAAUGAUAAGGAUAGUUAUUUAUCAUAUGCAGCUUAUGCAAAAUCUAAAUUGGCACAAUUGAUUAUGACAAAAUAUUUAAGUAAAAUAUUAGAAGAUUCUCAUAUUCGAGUAAUUGCUGUGCAUCCUGGUAUAGUUGAUACAGAGAUUUUUAAUGGUACAUUUUUGAAACUGGCUUUUCCAUGGAUUUUGAAACAUUUGUGCAAGACAAAACAUAGUCAAUUGAACAUUUACAUAUUAUAUGAUGAAAACAAAUUUAAAUGUAAAGAAUCAGAUUCUGUGAUCUAAUUAUAAGUUUAAAUGGAAGAAAUUAUUUAUUUUUCAUUAAUAAAAUAAUCAAUUUUAAGAAAAUAUUCUAAUUAAAGUUUAUUAUAAUAGUUUAAAUUUUCUGUACACAUUCAAAUCCUCAUU